CUUCGUGCAAACUGGAUGGUAGUUCGCACAAUACCCUGUUUCGGAUAAAAUAAACAAAAAAUCAAUAUUCUACCAAGGAAAAAGUUUGGUAUUGUGUAGUUUGCCAAGACAUGUCCUCAUGGUUAAUGUAUCUUUCUGGUCCAAGUACAAUGUACAAGGCAUUGCUGAGAAUUAAUCGUCAUCUUCUUUAGCUAAAUUGAAAUAUUCCUAUCGACGGGCGAACAAUGGAUGGAUUCCAGAAGCCAGUUAUGAUGGAUCUUCCCGUCAAUGUUCUUCUGCAAAUAUUCAAAUAUCUUUCCCACGAGGACCUGAUAAGCGGCGUACGACGCACGUGUAAAGUAUGGAACCAGCUGACAUACGAGCGAGUAUUUUGGCGGGAAAUAAGCUUGUCGCUCUUUCCUGGAUGUGGACUUGCAACCAAGUCAUUUUUGGAGCUUAUUGCUGAUACUGUCGAUAGUAUUGAAACAUUAGUUGUCGAUCUGGAUAAAUUAGAAUCUAAAGUCAUCGACCACGAAGGAAUAUAUUGUCCAAAUUUGAAGGAGGUCUGUCUGAAAGGCGGCUACUCGUGCAGCGUUUUUGAGGAGCAUUAUGAAGAUGUUAAUCAAUGUUUGAGGAAUUUGUCCGAAAAAUAUUGUGGACUUGAAUCUCUGAAAUUGGUUUGCUCGGACUUUAUAACUGACCAGAUGAAAACGAACGAUAGGUUUAACGAGCAGUCAGGGUCAUCAACGAUCGAAACAUUAUUUCCGAAUCUGAAAUCUGUCACUUUCGCCAGAAAUUCGGACCGUACACCGGGGUUUAAUGAACGCGAGCUUAAACGGUUCUUGGCAAGUCAUAGGCACUUGAAAGAGUUAUCAAUUAAAAAUUGUGCCCUGAAAGCUAGUACGCUUGAACUUAUAUUUACGGAAAUGCCAGACAUUAAAAAGCUGGACUUACGAAAUUCGUUGAGUAGCUUGGAAUUCGAGUUCGAUGCAUUGGACUUAAUUUCUGAAAAGAUCUGCCUUACAAACCUGAGGGUUUUAGUUCUGUGUGAAUGCAAAUUAAGCGACAAGUUAUUGAGAAGUUUCGCAAAGCACAGCCAGCAUUUGGAAGAACUUCUGUUGACUGGGGUUGAAGGCAUAACGAACAUCGGACUUGAAAGUGUAGCUAUGUGUUGCCCGAAAUUGAAACGUUUACUGUUGAAUAACAACCCAUUUCUUCACGUAAAAUCUAAUGUGACCGAUGCGGGAAUUGAAAGAAUAGCUGAACAUUGUCAUCAACUGAAAGUUCUCAAUUUGCGCCAUUGUACGGAAAUAAGCGACGUGGCCAUUAAUGCAGUAGCUUCAGGCUGUAGUUGGCUGGAAGAAUUGUAUGUGUCGGACUGUCUUUCACUAACGGACAUGUGCUUGGUGAAUCUUGUGAAAAACUGCACAAGACUUUCAGUUUUGGACGUAAGCAACUGUUCACAAUUGACCUCUAAAUCGGUGAAUGCAAUUUUAACGCAGUGUAAAGCACUGAGGAGAUUUUCUGUUGGUAUGUGUCACAGAGUGAAAGACAUAAGCCUUGUACAUAAGGAAGAAGACGACGAAACUGCUAGAAUAAGUGAUACCAUGAACGGUUCCAAGAUGGAAGAGCCAUUACCGUCGCAAGCAAAACACACACCAGUGUAUGUUCGAUAUGAUGCUUUGAACUUAGGAAAGCAUUCACACGUCUAUCGUUUGGAUUUCCACUUCUGCUCGGCCCUAACCAACGCAUGCAUCAAACAAUUAGCCAACUACUGUAGGGAUUUGCGCGAAUUGAACGUACAGGCAUGUGCGCUAGUUACAAACGCUGGCGUGAAAGAAAUCGUAAAGAAAUGUACAUUUCUACGCAAGUUGAAUAUUUCUGGCGGUUCAAUGUCACAAACAAGCCGUCUGACCGAUUCUUGCUUGGAAGACAUAGCAGUGAAUGCAAAGAAUCUGGAAAAUCUGACUAUCACUCAAAACUUUAAUAUUACCGCCGAGAGUGUUUUUGAAGUGGUCAGAAAGUGCCCGCAAAUAAUGUUGGUGGUAGUUGACCACGGGGCACGAAACAAGCGAUCAAACAUCGUGCAGGAUAGGCUGAUCGAUCUGUCGGGAGAAGUUCCGGAGAAGACGAUAUGUCUCCAGUUCCGGGCCCGCACUGCCGAAGUGCACGUUUACCGGAACUGCGAACUCUACAUCCGAUCACAAACGGUCAGACCGGAACUGCUGACGGAAUAGUCCGCUGGUGAUUAAUGGAUGUAAACAGACAUGUUUGUUUUUCAUCAGAGUGGAGGGGCAAAAUAAUAUUUGAAAUAAACAAUAAGAAUCAUGUACUUAAAUGACAAGGAGGGAGCAGGAAAGAUCAUCUGAGGUGUGUUUCACUGCUAAUUAACAUGAUAACCAUACUUAUACUGUUUCAUAAGGAGUGUGCAAUGAAUGUCAACUGUGAUAUGUUGAACGUAGAUUUUCAUUUUAUUGCGAUAUUCGUAUAAAAUCAAAACAUACACUGUUAAAAACAUACAUGUUGGGUGAAAGACCUAUAACUACUUACUAGAUAAUGCAUUUAUAUAAAAUAUUAUUUACUGAUGAUAAGAUUGUAACCGUGUAUUUAAUAGCUGAAAACGCACAAAUAAUAAUUGACAGGUGGGUCCUUCGAUAUUGAAUACUGUGAUCAAUUAUCGUCUCAUAUGGUAGAACUAUCGUUUUUUCUGCACCUUUCUCUCAAAUUAAACACGGCAUCCUUUAUAAGAAUCAUUGUUUUCGAUAUUUAUUCAACAUUUUCGGUAAAAUAACGAAAUUUCGUUAAUUGUGGUACUGCUUAUUAGGGAGAAAGAGUGCACCAUUAAACGUUAAAAGGUGCUUUAUGAAUAUAACUAGCGGUUGAAUUUCUUAAGGAAAAAAUAGUAUAUAUUUUUAUUGUUAGAUAUGUUUAAUAACAUAUGUAUAAGAAGUAGAUCACAGUUUUUUAUGUAGAACAAGUGCCAAUAAUAAAUUUAUAGAUACUAAUAUUUAAACAUAAAUGUUUGAUGCCAAGGAAGAUUCUUUAUAAGCGCUUAGUUUCCGAACAAAUUCUAUAAUACUAAUUUUAUUUGUAUCGAGAUGUUGUCAUUUGAACCUUGUCAUGGAAUAAUAUCAUAUGUUUAAACCAACGAGUGCCAAAAGCAUGAUUUUUAUAUAAACUUGCAUGUACUUAGUCAUGGUCGUUAGGCUGUUUUUAAAAAGUAGAAUGAAAUUUAUUUAAUGGUCUAAUAAAAUUUCCAGAACU